AUGUCCACUUGGAAAGCAAGGCUCGCCAAAAGACUGAAAGCUCCAUCUAGAAGGAUGCAUCCAUUUCCAUGUUCAGCCCUGCUGACCUGCUUUGGGAAUACGAGAGAGAAUGCUCCCUUUGAUCAGCCCAAUGUGCCUGAUACUCAUUCCACGAUCUAUGAUCAGCCCAUGGCUAAAGCAGAUGGACACCCAAGUCACCCAAGAGGGGAAGAAGGAACUCCAGAGAAAAGGCAAGAUUCUGGCACCCAUUCCGAGAGAAACGGCAGUGCAAAUCGGAAUUCAAGUAACCACUCUGCUGUCCAGCUGGCCGAGAACUCUGAGAGUGUGCCUGGGUCCCUAGGUGGCGAAAUGGCCUGUGAAACGGUUAAUUUUCAGACUUCUAUCCCAAGACCAUCAAUUAUUGAGAUGCCAAUGGUGAAGGAAUCCCAAGAAGAACCUAGAUGCCUCCAGUUGGAAGAAAAGGCAACAUCAGACAGCCCGUUUGAGGAUCCCGACCAGAAGGACACAUACCUCACUCCAAGAAAUAUCAUGGCUGAACCAGACUAUAUAGAAGAUGACAAUCCUGAACUAAUUAGGCCUCAGAAACUCGUCAAUCCGGUCAAAACGUCCCGCAACCACCAAGAUCUUCACAGAGAACUUCUUAUGAAUCAGAAAAGGGGUCUUGCCCCUCAGAAUAAGCCAGAACUGCAGAAGGUGAUGGAAAAGAGAAAACGAGAUCAGGUAAUAAAGCAGAAGGAAGAGGAAGCACAAAAGAAGAAGUCUGACUUGGAAAUAGAACUAUUAAAACGACAGCAGAAGCUAGAACAGCUUGAACUUGAGAAGCAGAAACUGCAAGAAGAGCAAGAAAACGCCCCAGAAUUUGUGAAGGUUAAAGGCAAUCUUAGGAGAACAGGCCAAGAAGUGGCCCAAGCCCAGGAGUCGUAGGCCCAGGCCUCAGAGACUGUGCUGACACUGUGAGCGGUGCCUCCUCAAGGCUUCAUCUCGGGGCACAAACCCCUGGGGAGCAUCCCAGCCAGCAGAGCAUCAUCACUUAAAAAGGAUUUGGCCUUGGCCCACCUGCUAUCUGGGUGGGUGCAUUACCUGCGACAGCUGCAGUUCCUAUUCGCCAAACAAAGGACGUUGACCAGCACCCAAGUUGGGAUAUGGACCUGUGUUCAAAGACUCUGAAAACAACAAGUAAAGGAACAGGACACUGGAAUAAAAUCUUGAGAGUUGCACUACUUGGUUUUCCUGCCGAUCCAAGUUCAGUGGGGGCACAGAGCCUUUUUUCUUUCAAAAACUAAAGAAAACGUGUUUUAUUCUUCCUUUAGUUAUCUGCUAGGUAAUUUAGAUCACAUAGAAAUGCAUUUGAUCUGUUACAGCCAAUAUUCAGUAAUUCUGUUUUGGGAACCCCAGAUUUUGUUGUUUUAUUUACACUUCCACGCCCGUUAGGUGAAUUCACACCUGAGAACGUAGGUGAUAAUGUUGAGCACAACUGUUACCUUUAUGGACAGCCGUAGGGUGAAGAGGGUUUAAAAUAUGUAAACAAACAUACAUAAACAAAAUACCUGAACGGCCAUCUUGACUUUAUUUUAAUUUUGGGGGUUAUAUUCCAUGGUAACAUUCCAGCUCAGAGAAGGCACAUUAUGUAAAUCCAUUUAUUGCUUUGAUAACUAUUUUAUUUUUUUAAUUUCUUGCUGAGCUUGUCCUUUUAUAUGAAAUAAUCUCCUCCAUCCUUUGGACAAUAAAAGCUAGUCCACGUAACUAAUUUCAGUGUCGAAAGUAGAGGGUCUAAAUCUUUUGACUCCUUCUGAGAGCUGUGUGGAGAAUGCUCCCGCUGGGAGCCUCGAAAGGAGGGGUUCUUUGGCUGUUUGAAUGUGAAGCAAGUGUAGACCGGUCUCAAGGAGGCCACGUCGGAAGAGUCAUAGCAUUUGUACACGUUGAACGUUAUCAGAAUCCAAGCCUUGAAAAUUUCUGAGUAAUGAUCACCCAUUUCUUUACUUUUUUUUUCUUGAGAAGAAAGACUGUCUCCCCACUCUCUUAGUUACGAUGAUGCUAUUGAUAAUGAUGACGUUAAUGACUACUAUUCUGCAUCUCAGGAAAAGCCAACGUGAAGGGAGAAGCUGCUUAGUUUUUGAAUUCUAGCUAGCAAGCUACUCAAAGUGAAGCCCAAGUUGCCAGUAGCAGCAAGUUCUUAGGCAGGAUUCAUUCUCUACUGCUGGUGUGGUACAUUCGACUUGGGGCAGUCCGGAAGAAUUUAUGUGGAUUCAGUAUGCUCUCCAUAGCGACGAUUCAGCCAGUAGUUUCUCCAUUGAAGACCUUCUUAUAAUUCCUCUAAAGGCACAUGGAAAGCUGGGUUCUGAGCUUUUGAAUUCUUAAUAAGCAUAGGAGAAAUUGGCUUCCUGUGGGAAUGCUUUUCAUAGUUGACCAUUAUGCUCAUAAUCAGUGCUAAUGUGAACAAGAUAUAAGUAAAUGCAGUGAUCGUAUACUGCUAGUUUGAGACUAUGUAGAUCACAUGUGGAAUGGGUGACUUCCCUCAUCAGUAAGUAUUAUUUGAAUAAAAUAGGAGGCAUUUCAGAGAAUAUAUUGCUCUAUCGUAGUGGGCUUUUGAAGGAUGGAAUGGCAACUUUUUUCCAUCACUACCUUUUCAGAGAAGAAAGUACGUUAACUGAUUGUCUUGAAAGCACAUUUCCGAUUGCACACUGACCGCAGUUCUUUCUCUGUGUGUGUGCACUAACGAUGUGACCUGUAAAGUGAGGCUUCAGGACUGGCUCAGACGUAGCCUUUACUGCAUGGAAGAUCUUCAGAUCCUGUGUCCUUGAAGCAGUUCUGCCACUUGAUGAAAUUCUCAAGGGCUCGCUCUGGCAGACUCCUUUAGUAGGAUGAAUUCUGUCUCUAGAACUUACCUAGAAUCCAUUCUUCCCUGGGAAAAAAUAAAUUACACAAGCAUUGCCCUCCCAAUCUCAUAAAUCCGCAGACUUCUUUGUAGUUCGUAGUACAAGGUCUGGCCAAACCAACGCUUGUAAAUAGGACACAGUGAUGUCUUAGUGGAAGGUACAUGUAGAGAAGCUCCCUGAAGUCAGCAGAUCAGCUUAGCUCAUAGGCCCAUGUUUUAAAAGGCCUCGGUCUCCUUCAGCGCUUCAACACUGUACCCUCCAGACCCCGGGACUCACGGACAUCCGAGCAGCUUUGUGCUUUGAGCCACUUUUGGACAAAAUCGGCUCCAUUUUUCCACUCCAUGGUUUUCUUAAACUAGUUCAGUGUUUUAUAGUCUCCUAGUAGGAAAGUAGUGUUGCUUUCUAAGCUAUAACAGUUGACUUUAUUCUUCUACUCUGAAAAAUCUUGACUCAUUUGAGUGUAUAUAAUAUAUAUAAAGGGAGCCUUAAUGGGUUUGUUUUCAUAAUUUAAUAUUUUUUGUAUUUGCUCUUGUAUAAUUGUUUUUAAUGAAAGUAUUACAGAAUCAAGGGUGGAAUUCUUAGAACCAAAGUUAUUCUUAAUAAAAAUCACCACAUGCUUGGACCAUGCAGCAUUAUCUGUCUGGUGUUUUUACAAUGGACGUGUGUAACCGAGGGGUGGGGAAGGUGGGUCAUGUUCAGUUCAAAGAUCAGACAGUGGUUCUGAGGUCUCGCUUUGAUGGCUGUCCUAUUGUACAAACUUGUCCCCAAAUUAGUUAUGUCCUCUUGCCUUGUGUCAGUCAAGACUGAUAAUUUAUGAUGUUGAAUUUAUGCUAAGGUAUAAUGCUGCACUUUGCGUAGAAUACAUGGUAUUUUAGCAGCAGCUGUCAGUGCUGCAGAUCAGAGUAUUCCGAAUGUUAGGUAGCUUGGUAGGACAGUGGGAGAUGUAUUUUGGGAAGGAACAGUUUUCAGUGCUUGUGAACUAGUAUACCUGGCAUGUCUGAACUAUGAGCAUAAAAUUAUUUUGCUGAUGCAGCUAGAAUAAGGUUGCCCUCAGAGAAGUUACUUUGGGAAGCUAUACACAUGAUUUUAUCAUGCUAUCAAUUACAUUAGUUUGGAGGUUUCAAUCUCUUUACUUUUGCAAGCCCAGAUUAUUACUCAGCCUGAUCACCCAAUUCCUAGUAUCCUUGGACUCUUUUGAAAAUCAGAUAUACUCAGGGCAGUAAAGGUUUUCUUUCUCUAAGGUUAUACCAUGAGUUCUAAAGGCCAGCACAGAAGACGGGUUCCAAAAAUUAUUAGAACAGUAGCUGUAUCCUUGGAACAAGAAGGCAUUUUCACAAGGUGACGGUUUUAAGGCAGCCAGUCCAUUCACUGGGCCCCUGUAUGUUUGUUGCUUAUAGUAGCAGGUAGAUUUGAAAGGAGACGUGGCGACUAAUGCUUUUGGUCGGACUUGAAAUGCUAUUGUACAGCUAGAAGAAGUGUUAGAAUAUUACUGCCAGGCUUACAUUUACUGGUUAGUAUACUGAGAAAGAGUGUUUCCUUCUGAGGUCUUAGGGUAAAUAAAGUCUUUAUGAGUAAGCUCCACAAUUACAAUUUUCACUUUUUUCUCAUGAGAAAAUGCAUUUUGAUUAUCAGUGGAAUCUAUUCUGAAUGUCUUCUCAGUUGCUCCUGGAUUUCCUAGGGCACUUGGUUAUCUAUGGACAGUGCUGAUCGCCGCUGGGAUGUUACUGCACCUGGGCCCUGGAAGGUUAGGAAAUACACAUGCGUGUGAGUGUAAAUAUGUAUUCAUACAUUUGCAUUGAUAUUUAUAAUGGUUGGAAAUCAUUAGUUCACAGUGAUAUCCCCAAUUCUGACCCAAUAGCACAUUCUAGCUUUUUCUUCUUUUCCAUAUUAGUAGCCCCCUUUUCCAGCAGGGGAAGCCUAGCUGCCCCCCCCACAUCCUUAUUUCUUAGUCAUGUUGGAGGUAACUCAUCUCUGAACUUUGCUGAGCCACCGUCUGCACUCUGACCUUGCCUGAAUUGCUCAGGAAGGAAACGCCGGUUUUUGUUUUCCUUGUGUAUUUAAACAGUUAUUUAAUGUGAAUUGAAUUAAACUGUCUCAAACAACUUAAAUUGCA